UUUUGAUAAUACAAAUUUGUAAACAUUUUAUUAUAUUUAUCUUAAAUAAUGAAGUCCGAAAAACUUAAACGAAACUUUUGGGUGUCCGCCGAAAUUGAGUGCAUGCUCAAUUUGAUAAAGGAGGUCAAUAACUGCCAGGGCGCUCUGUCCACGAGCACAACGCAAUACACAUUUAUUCAAAUUGCCAAUCAAAUGAAAAAACAUGGAUUUCCAAACAAGUCGCCCACACAAAUAAGAAGGAAAUGGUUUCAAAUGAAAAGCGCUUACCUGUGCUACAAGAAGGGAAAUGUCGACCGGCUGUUUCUCAUACCCGAAAAGUUCAGAAAUGUUAUAGCUCAGUUUGUGGAAAGCGGUGAGAAAAUUGGUCGUUCUAAUCUUUCCACCAUCUCGACCGGAACUCCGGCCAUACAUCAGCAAGAACGUAUUGCCGAAGAAGACACGACCAUUAUGGAAAAGCUUAUGAGACAAAUCAGGAAAAACAACAAGAGUGUGCUCUCGGAGUUUGAAAAGCUAGAAGAGUCGUUAUUGGAAUACGAGCACAAGUGCCAAUUUAUUCGAGACAAAAAUAUUAUAAAGCACCUUGAAGUUAAUUAAACGAUUGAAUGUAA